AUGCUGAAGUGGGCAGUAUAUGGUAAAAAGAACCAAGACGUUCAGUCAAUCAACGAGUUGAAAACUGAAACACGAGAAGCAUUCAGCAAUGUACCUUAUAACAAUAAUAUCAGAAGAUCGCUAGAUGCCCAAUCUGUUAAGAAAAGUAAGAAGCCCAGUAGAUAUCAGAGAAGAUCUUUAGGUUCCAAUGCUAGAAAAAAUAACUUGAAAACAGUUGACAAGGAAAAUUAUAAUUACAUCGGAAACACUCCAAAUUAUUACAAAGAAGGUUUUGUAAAGAAACCUGAGGGCUUAGCACUUAAAGAUGUUAGUAAUAUAACUCCUUCGUCAACAACACCUAUCAACACGUACGAUAGAAGAAAAUAUUAUCUAAAUGGUUCAAAAGACGAUAUACCUCCUACUCCUACUUACAGUAGGAGAGUUAGAGAAGCUAAAAAACGAAAAUUAGAAAUGAAUAGUUCAAUAAGCGAAUGCUUUAGUCGAGAUAGUAGUGUUUAUAAAUCAGAAAGACGAAUAAAACCUAUAAAUAAGAAUGAAUUUAGUUCACCUAAAUUAAGUCAUAGCACAUCAGAACCUUCGAUUAAUGAACUUUCAGAUAGGUUAAGUGCUGACUGCAGCAGGCAAUAUAUCAUGUUAAAUAAAAGACUAAGUAAUAAAACUACUAGUACUACUAAAACUACCAGUGAAGGUGUAGUAGAAAUAGAAUAUGAUAAAGAUCUUGUUAUAAAUUGUAUGGAAAAACCACAUACUCUCAGCAAUGAGGAUUGUGAAAAAAUUACCCUUCCCAUAUUUGGACAUCACAUAUUUAUGGAUGAUCCGAUUUAUUUUAAUAGAAAUAAUAUAUGCGGUUCAAAUAUAAGACCACUGAAAAGAACGAGGAAGAAAUCAAAUGAGUUCGAGAGCUCGUUUAAAUCGCCUUCUGUAGAUAAAAGGGAUACGCAUACAUUAGUACGUGAUGGUUGUUCACCUGUCUCUAUUACUCCAUUAUCUGCCAAGUUAGCUGCUUUAAGAUUUAGCACCUUAAGUACGCACAGCAAGUCACAGAGACAAGUGUUUGUUAAUGACGUUACAGAGUAUUUCCCGAAAAUAGAAAAUCCUUUCACUAUUCCUCUUAGAGACGAAGAAACUUCUACGGAAAUGGAAAAUAAAUUUAUAUUAGGUAAAGAUUCUGUUACUAAUGAAACAGAAUCAACAGUAUCAACGACACAAAUGGGUGACGUCACUCUAGAGAAAAUGAUUGAAGAUAUAAUAAAAAGUACAAAAAUAGUAAAAACUAAACGUAGAAUAUUAAAUAAAAAUUUUGAAGAUUUGCCUACAGUGGAAGAUGAAAUACCACCACUAGAAGCAGUCAAAGAUUUAUUUGUCAAACUUCAAGCUGAUAAUAAAGCUAAUCUUAUCAAAGAAGCAAGGUAUGUAAAUUUAUCAAGAGAAAGUUCACUGUCGCCAAAAACUAGGCCAACUAAAAAAAUUAUGCCAGUCCAUAAAGUCAACGAUAAAUUAUUGAAAAAUCUUCCAAUUGGAUGUUUUAUUUUAGACGAUGGUGAUGGAUAUAAUGAGAGAGAAGUACGAACUCCGGAUAUUGAUACUAAGUCAAAAUCCAAGUUAAAAGAGAAAACUAGAAAAUCGUUAAGUAGAUCUUAUUCCAUGAAUGUUUCCAACCAUGAGAAAAGUAACUUGGGUUACAUUUCUUCUGAGUCAACACCAGAUUUAUACGGUGCUUCUCAAGAAACUAGUAAUAUCGCUCUAAGGAGGCAAAGGUGUAUACGUAGGAAAAAGUCUACUGUCAGCAAUGAGAGUCAUAGGCGACAGCGAAAUGUAUCAGAAACAGAGCAUGUCUCACGGUCUAUUUUGACUCUUGACGUGGAUAUUCCUAGUCCAGCUUUAGAACUUCAAAACACGUCUCUUUGUGAACCUCUUAGCUCCUCUUUACACUGUCUUAAUGUUUCUAAUUAUGGAACAGAUUAUAGAGAACAAGUUGCUUGCGAUAACGUGUCUUUAAAAUCUAACGUGUCGCAUAGUAGCCUUAUGCCUCAUCAACCAGAAAUUCAUAACAAGAGGUCAAGAGAACUAUUUGGAUUAACUUUAGAAAAUGGUAUUCCUAGUCCUAUCACACCUGUACCAAAUUUAAAGAGACCAAGCAAUGUCUUGAGUGAGGAGCGAGCUCAUAAAUCUAGUAAAUUAGAUGAGGAUUUGCUUUUAAAUGAUAUCGUAACACCUGUUAUUGAACACAAAUCUUCGAGAAGAUGCCUCACAUAUUCUCCAGAAGAAAGCAGCAUCAAUAGUAGUGAAGAGAAAAGAAGAAGUAUAGCUAGCAAUCGUUUAGAGCACAGCACUGAUCGAUUUCAAUCCCUCAAGGGUACUAUUGAUUUAGAAAUAAGGACUAAAAAUGACGUCAUAGACGUGCACGUUAUAAGAUGUCGAGAUUUACAACGGUGUACAGGAAAAACGGAUGAUAUUAACGCUUACACAAAGGUUGUAAUUAGUGGGGUAACUGAGAGCCACUCGCUUCCAACUCAAAGGUCAAUAUUUCAACGAACAUCUGUUCUCUACGGAAAGAGGGAGCCAGAGUUCCAAAGACAUCUGAAGCUGCCCGUCCCCUCAGUAGUGUACGACCAUCAAGUCCUCCACAUCUCCGUCUGGCAUCGAGAUAGGAAAUAUCGGCGGAGCGAGUUUCUAGGAUGUGUCUCGUUCCCAUUGAAAGAUGCAAUAUCCAGUGACAUUUCCGGCACGUACUUCCUGCAAGGGUCUGGCAAGCAGGCGCCAAAUGAGAGAACUGACCGGCUGACUGAAGACAGACGCAAGAUGGCUACAGACAACAUCGAGACAACUACCAACGAUGGCACUAAAGAGAAUCACAAUGAUAAAGGUGUGGCAGCAAACGGGCCGUCCUCCACGACCGCGAGCCAGGCUCAAGCGGUGGCGGCGGCGCUUCAGAGAGAAGCUGAUGAGCAUCUCUUCCUACGGUACCUGGAGCUGGACCCUCCUGAAGACCCCGCUGCACCCAGGAAGACCCAAAGGAAUGGCAGGACCCCCUUUACAACAACUAGAAAACUCGUUCGAGGCACUAGUGGUGGCUUCGGUUUCACUGUAGUCUGGACCAGACCACCCAGAGUGGAGAGGGUGGCUGCAGGAGGGUCGGCUGAGAGAGCAGGCUUGAGGGCGGGUGACUACCUCGUAUUCGUAGGCAACAAGAAUGUGGUCACCGCAUCUGAGGAAGACGUACGGACGCUGGUCAAAUCGGCUGGUCAGUUUCUGACACUUGAAACGUUCAGACGAGUGCCUCACAACGGAUCGACUACAACGCCCAGACCGAGACUAGCCCAAGUGACGAUCCCUGUGGAAUCCACUCCUCCGCCCGCGCCUCGGUCACCCAGAACUACAGUGCUAGCUUCUCCUGCGACUCAGGCUAGGCCUCCGACAGCCUGUUCUUCGACCAGCCAAUCUCUGGACCGACGCAAACUUCAUUUACCUCAAGUUACAUUCUCCAAAGAGAUGCCAGGCUUAUCGACGGACGGUAGGAAGCGGGCGUUACUAGCGGUGGUAGCCCGAGAGCAGCACUACGCCACGUGCCUGCAGUUUGGGCUGGUGCGGUUCGUCUCCCCACUGGCGGAGAGAGCUGAUCUCAUCGCACCCAACGACCACUUGCUACUGUUCCAAAAUAUUGAAGAGAUCUUUAGGUUGUCAGAAGAUAUUCUGGACCAAGUGGUGCAAGACGAUGGUGAGAUCCAGACGUCGACCGUGGUGGCGGUGUACCUGCAGAAGACCCCUGUGUUCCUUAGUCUAUAUAAGAAAUAUUGUCUAGGAUUGAAAAGAGCGGACUGCGUAUUGGUAAAAAAGUCAAAAGACCCCAGUGGAGCAUUCUCUCGGUUCUGCACAAGCCCUCCGAUCCCCCGAAGAAGACCAGACAUCACUUCCUUGGUGCACAAGCCGUUGGAGCAGUUCCGAGAGCUGCUGAGGCUGAUGCGAGCUGCUGCGGCGGCUAGCGGCUCUGGCCCAUAUGACCAGCUGGAGAAGAAGCAGCUACAAGUCAUCGUAGAACAACUGCAGUGUGGAUACCAAGACGUGACUGCAGGAUCGGGACUGAUGGGGUUAGCUGGUGACGGCAAGCCGUUGCUGUCCGUCUCAGAUCUAGAAAGUAGACUCGUGUUCACUAGGUGUAAACCGUUCGUGCUAAGCACAGCUGGAAGGCAGUGGAUAUUCGGCGGGGAGUUGUCUAGAGUAGAAGGCAGAGCAGUGAGGCCUUACUGGGCGCUGCUGUUCUCAGACCUGCUACUCUUCGCGACUGUCUCCAGAGACAGGGUGCUAUUUGUUACCGAAGAGCCAGUGGCGUUAGGGACGGUGUCUGAAGCGCAGUUUAAUGUUAGGAAAAAAGCUACAGAAUUUCGCCUGAUCCUGGGCAGAACAGGGGGAGAGAGUCCAUUGGUGUCCUGUGCGCCAAGAACGCCCAGUCGAACGCGGACCGUCGUGCUGAGAGCACCGUCCAUAGACCUGAAGGCGGUCUGGCAAAGCUUACUGCAGCGACAGAUAUACCGCGCUCACACGAUGACGGGCACGCCGCUGGGGUCACCGCUGGACUCGCCCGACCCGCAGCUAACGUUCUCGCUGGCGACACUGGACUCGCAGCAACGCCAGAUACGAAGAAGUUCAGCGGAAACCCAAACCGGUGCUGGAGGGAGUGCCACUGAAGGUGCUCGAAGUUCAAGAAGUAGAGGAUCUACGAUUCAUUUGCAGAGAUGGAUGACACAACUUCCUGAAACCGAAGAAAUGGAUCCUCCUGAACCGGACAUGGAGAUCACUGUUAGAACGAGUCCGGUGGUCGUCGAUACGAUACCAGUAUGCAGACAGUGCCACAAAAAGUGUUUAUCAAAACCAAAUAGUCCACAAGUUUCCCAUAGAGAACCGCCUAGUCAAAGGGAAUUAAUUAAACUAAACACAGAACCUUCACCGCAAAACUCUAACUCAAAUAAAAGCUCUAGUAGUACAUGUAGUGCAAACUGUGGAAAUCGUAAGCCAAAAACUUUUAUUUGUCACUUAGAGCGUAAAGGUGCUAUGAAAUUACGUCCAGAAGAUGCUCCAUUUGCAGCUUCAAAAGUUAUAGACUCUAUCGAGCAAAGUCAGAAAAUGCUAAAAUCUACAUCAUAUGAACUGAAAACUGAGUCCCCUGUAUUAACUCGAAGCGUCCAUUCUAAUCGUAAAAACCAUACAAAAAGUCACUUGGAAUUGAGGAAAGAAAACCCUAUUAGGACUCCAAGCCCCUCAUCUAGCAGUAGAAAUAAUAGUCCUUUGUCUACUAGCCAUACCACAUGUAGUUCAAUGGUUUUUAAUUCUAGUUCUAACGAUUUAAGAAUGUCCAAUUCAAACAUUGCUAAUCAAGUUCAAUGUGUUAUUGCACAAGAGAAAUAUUUAAAUGAAAUAAAAUGUGUUGAAAACAUAACACUUUCGAAGACAAAAAUGUCAACUUCUAGCUAUCCCUCUCCUGCUUCAGUAAGAAAAGAACAAAUAACAAGACAAAAGGCUGAAAACGUACUAAAUAAAGUGUUAGGUAUGAAUAUUGUAGCAAAAAGAGAAAAUGUAGGUACGUGUUUAAAAACAUCAUCAGUUUUUUUAGAGGACGACACAAUUCACCAGGAUGAUAAUGAUUUUAAACUAGAUAGAGGUAUACGAAGAUCUCCUAGGAUGGGAAUAUCUGCGGUUAAUAAAAUGAAUGGGGAUAUAAAUAAGAAGACUGAAAGGACGGAAGACUAUAAUGCGAACCUUAAUAAUAAUGAAGUGGGAUCAGAUGAUGAUUUAGAAUUAGGUCCUUUAAUGUUAAUGGGCUUGUCAGCAAUUAAUCCGGCAGCUCACCUUAUGCGCGUGGAACCAUUCAAACGAGUUCUAGGAACAAAUAUGCCAAGUAUAUCAAGACCAGGCAGCCUUGGUCCACCUAAAUCUGAAUCUCCUGUGCCUAAUAUAGCAGUAGUCCCACCGACACCAGAUUACAAUUCUACCAAUAAGACUGAUGCAAUUGUAGAUGACUCCCCUGAUUCUCCAGACGUACCAGAAGACCUUCCUUACGUAUCGCUCAAACGUUAUGGUACGAUGUCAAGCCUCGAAAGGCUACCGUCCGAUGAGACUGACGAUGGUAACGUAAGACUGACUGCGGAAGAGCCAGAAACAAAUGCACACAAUUCAGCAGUAGCGGCAGGUACAGCAGGCGGUAUUAUGGGCUGGACAGCAAGAGCUGGCUCUUUUGUCGUGGAAAAAAUGAAUAUCUUUAGCUACACAGAAAGUAUUCCUAAUACCUCAAUAGCACACAAGCAACCAUCAUUUCUCGAAAGGUGUUUAGGUGUAAGUGACUGGAAAUCAACCAUGGGUACCGAAGAAGGGACACCGGAGACAGGUGAAGGCAGUGGUGCUAGUGGAGAAGAAGCCUGGGGUACUCCAUCAUCUGGUGAUCUAUCAGAUAAUCUACCAGACUCGGAGCAUGGAACAUUAUCGUCUCCUACAAAGUCUUCAUCAUCUUAUGCCGGUGAUGACGACACAGAACUAAUGAUGGACGAACUCCUCAUGGCACCAACCAUAACUGGACCUACCACUUUGAGGCCUUUGUUACCGAGGGACGUUUUUAGAAGGCGGUUGGAACCUCUUCUAGAGGAGGAUUGUUCAGACAGCGGUAGUGAAGACAACAAACCCACCCCUACUAACUCAGAUGACCAGGGCAGCAGGCUUGGUGCUGACGACUGCUGCGACGCGCCGCACCUGCCGCCCUCUGCUUCAGAAACAGAAGCAGGGGGCGGGGGUGCGGAAAGCGUUCCAAUUGUUGGAGAGAAGCCAGAUGUUGGCGCAGAACCCGAGCUGAGCCCAGAACGGACACCUACCAACGAGGCGCCUUUGAUGCCCUUACAAUCUGUUUCAAAAGAGUGUGUGGAGGCGCGAGCCGGUGCUGGUGCGCUCGCUCGUCGGGGCUCAGCCAGCUCGGCAAGCACGCCCUCCACACUCGAGCGUACCGCUAUCCACAUCCCUACACCUCACCAGACACUUUCACCGGCUUCGGAGCCAGCACCAGCUGCGGAAGACCCCUUACAACAGAGAGAGGAGACGCCUCCGACGCUGGAGGAGCGGCUCAGUCCUCGAGCGGAGAUGAGGCUGGCCCUGGAUCAGGGGAAGGAUAUGCUGGCCGACCAGGAGGUGUCCUGGGGUGGCGGGUCCGACCCCUGGUCGUUUCGCGCGGCGUGCCAGCGGUCGCUGCUGCGUCGCGUCGCGAGCGCAGACGCGGUGACCAUGUGCCGCGCGCACCCGCACCGAACCGUCCCGCAUACUACUUCGCGCAGUUCUGUAUAUGCCUGGAAGGUUCCAGAAAGCGAAACGAAGACUAUGGAGAUGGAACAAUUGGCACGAGUGGAAGCUCAGAUGAUGCGUUCGCGGACGCGCUCUCUAUGCCAGAACGGGAAGAUAAUGGGUUUCCUCCGUCGUCGGGCGUCAUCCGAUAGCCCCCGCCGCGAGCCGCUGCUGCUCGGCAGCGGGACGGCGCCCAGCCGGCCGUUCUCCCCGCGCCGCACCACUGAGAAACAAUUCGAGAAAAGGUUCUGGAAACAAGUGACUAGAAGACGUCAAUCAUGUGGCUCCAUAAGCCAAAUAUAA